AUGCCUUUUGGGUUAGCAGGUUUGAGAGAACAGGUGCUGAAGCCUGGGAAGGAGGAAGUGAAGAACACCGUUGGGGACUCUAUGGGAAAACUGCAAAGGAAAAUAGAUGGUAGCAAUGUAGAAGCCGAGGACAACAUUGAACUGACGGAGGAUGGGCGUCCGGUGGCGUCAACUCAACACGCUCCCCCGCUGCUGGACUGCAGCUGUGGAGGACUACCCAAACGCUACAUCAUCGCCAUCCUCAGCGGGCUGGGCUUCUGCAUCUCCUUUGGCAUCCGCUGCAACCUCGGCGUGGCCAUCGUGGAGAUGGUGAACAACAACACGGUGUACAUCAAUGGAACUCCUGUGCUUCAGAAAGCUCAGUUUAACUGGGACCCAGAGACAGUGGGGCUGAUCCACGGCUCCUUUUUCUGGGGAUACAUUGUCACUCAAAUCCCCGGCGGUUUCAUCUCCAACAAGCUGUCAGCCAACAGGGUAUUUGGGGCGGCCAUUUUCCUGACAUCAGUGCUCAACAUGUUCAUUCCUUCAGCAGCCAGGGUGCACUACGGCUGCGUCAUGUUUGUCCGCAUCCUGCAGGGCCUUGUGGAGGGUGUCACCUACCCAGCAUGCCAUGGGAUGUGGUCCAAAUGGGCGCCACCUCUUGAACGGAGUCGACUGGCCACGACAUCUUUCUGUGGUUCAUAUGCAGGAGCAGUGAUCGCCAUGCCAUUAGCUGGAGUGCUUGUUCAGUAUGUUGGAUGGUCUUCAGUCUUCUACAUCUAUGGUGUUUUCGGGAUCUUUUGGUACAUCCUGUGGCUCCUGCUGGCGUAUGGAAGUCCUGCUGCUCAUCCCACCAUCACUCAGGAGGAGAGGACGUACAUUGAGACCACCAUUGGUGAAACAAUGCGCCAGUUGAGUGUGACUGAGAAAUUCAAGACUCCAUGGCGUCGUUUCUUCACCUCUAUGCCCGUCUAUGCAAUCAUCGUGGCCAACUUCUGCCGCAGCUGGACCUUCUACCUGCUCCUCAUCAGCCAGCCGGCAUACUUUGAGGAAGUGUUUGGCUUUCCUAUUAGCAAGGUGGGGCUCCUGUCUGCUGUACCCCACAUGGUGAUGACGAUAGUGGUUCCUAUCGGAGGACAGCUGGCCGACUUCUUACGCACCAACAAAAUCAUGUCCACUACAAAUGUGAGGAAACUUAUGAACUGUGGAGGGUUUGGGAUGGAGGCAACCCUGCUGCUGGUGGUCGGGUUUUCUCACACUCGGGGCGUCGCCAUCUCCUUCCUGGUUCUGGCUGUAGGAUUCAGUGGAUUCGCCAUUUCAGGUUUCAAUGUCAAUCAUCUGGAUAUCGCUCCUCGUUACGCCAGCAUCCUGAUGGGAAUCUCAAACGGAGUGGGAACGCUCUCUGGGAUGGUGUGUCCGUUGAUUGUUGGAGCCCUGACUAAAAACAAGACGCGUCUGGAGUGGCAGCACGUCUUUAUCAUUGCGUCCAUGGUGCAUUACACGGGGGUCAUCUUCUACGCCAUCUUUGCCUCUGGAGAGCAGCAGGAGUGGGCCGAUCCCGAGAACACCAGCGAGGAUAAACGCGGCAUCAUGGAUGAGGACGAGCUGGCUGAAGAGUCCGAGCUGAACACUGACAACGUGAUCGCUCCCAAGAGGAGCUAUGGAACCACAGACAAUUCAUCCGGGCGCAAACAAGGCUGGACAAAGAAACGAGGGGCCGCCGUGCAGCAGCAGCAGGAGGAGGAGGAGGGGGGGGAACAUUUCAGGAACGGGGACUUCCAGGACGGAUACCAGUGA